UCGCGAUAUACCGCCGAGCGCACUCUGACCCCACACCUCGCGCAGUGAUAUUGUGUCUGUGACAGAAUUGUCGUGUUUUAUUUCGUGCGAGGUCCCCAUGAAGCGGCUGUCAUGCGUAUAGCGACACUGAUUGCACUCGUGCAGCUGUCGCUCGCUACAGCUGUUUCAGACGAGAACACACUUACAGCGGCCGAGUUGAACCUCGAGCUUGCUGGCGACAAUGCCCUGUCCCCAUUCUACUCUUUCGAGUCCAGCGAUGAGACCGGAGUGAACUUCGUGAGAGGGUCGCGUGCCGCUGACUCCCCUCUCUCACCAGACAUUGAUGUGCAAUGCUCAGCGGACUAUAUUGACGUAACUGUUGAAUUCGCUGAUGUCUUUGAUGGUAUUAUUUACAGUAAGGGUUAUUUGAAUGACCCGAAGUGCAAGUACGUGUCCAUUGGAGGUAGUCAGUCCCGGUACUCAUUCAGAGUACCGCUGAACGGCUGCGGCACGAGACCUCUAUGCAAUGCAUGUGGCACCGUGGAUAAUGUUCUGGUCUUCCAAACGGACGACUUCAUCCAAGGCCCUAAUGAUUUUGCGAGAAAGGUUUCAUGCGCCAGCACAGCUCUCGAAGUUAGCACUGGAGUAGUUAAAAAGGAACAAUCGCAUGUAUUAAAACUGAAGCCAUUUAUGGUUGAUAUGUUGGAUGUAGUCGCAGUUCAAGGUCCAGCGGGAGGAUUGGAAUGCUGGAUGGAUAUACAGAAAGGAGUCUUCCCUAAUACAACUCCUUUGGAGAACUCGAUUAAAAUUGGUGAAUAUUUAACCAUCCUUAUUUACUUGAAAGACAUCAGAAAUCAAUUCAGUUUGAAGGUUCACGACUGUUGGGCGUAUGACAAUGAAGACUAUGAUAGCCCGAAAACAAGUAAAAUACAGCUCACUGACAAGGAAGGAUGUCCAAAGAAAAAGAAGUUGAUUGACUUAUGGCAAAAAUCAACAAAUACUGGUAAGAGCGGAGCCACUUUGAUAACUUACAGCAAAGUGAGCGCUUUUCGAUUCCCAGAGACUGACCAAGUAUAUUUGACAUGUAAUGUUGAGUUAUGUACCAGUGAAUGUGAUGCUAGGUGUGGUGGAACAACGACUGAAAUAUCAACCACAAUAAGACCACAAGUGAAAUGUUAUCCAGGUUCCCCUGACCCACAAUGUCAGACAGCACCUCCGCAGAUAAUUUGUGAACCUGGAAGUAAUGAUGCUCGGUGUCCCAAACCAACCACACCAGAAGCGCCACGGUGUUUCCCAGGCAGCUCUGACCCAAGAUGCCCAAAACCAACGACGCCAGAGCCACCAAGAUGUUUCCCAGGCAGCACUGAUCCACGAUGCCCUAGACCGACCACACCAGAAGUGCCAAGAUGUUUCCCAGGCAGCACUGACCCAAGGUGCCCUAGACCAACCACGCCAGAGCCACCAAGAUGUUUCCCAGGCAGCACUGACCCAAGGUGCCCUAGACCAACCACGCCAGAGCCACCAAGGUGUUUCCCAGGCAGCACUGAUUCGCGAUGCCCACGACCGACCACACCAGAAGCGCCAAGAUGUUUCCCAGGCAGCACUGACCCAAGGUGCCCUAGACCAACCACACCAGAGCCACCAAGGUGUUUCCCAGGCAGCACUGAUUCGCGAUGCCCACGACCAACCACACCAGAAGCGCCAAGGUGUUUCCCUGGCAGCAGUGACCCACGUUGUCCGAAACCUACUACUCUUGCACCACCAAGGUGUUAUCCGGGAAGCGACGAUCCACGUUGUCCGAAACCAACUACACAAAAACCAGUGUGUUACCCAGGAUCGCCAGAUCCCAAAUGUCCACAACCACCUAGGCCCUCAACGUUAACACCGGCAACAUAUCUGCCACCUACAACAGCAGAACAACCAAAAUGCUACCCAGGCAGCAGUGACCCACGCUGUCCACAACCAACUACUCCUGCACCACCAAGAUGUUUUCCCGGAAGCACAGAUCCUCGCUGUCCUAAACCUACCACUCCUGAACCACCACGAUGCUUCCCAGGUAGCAGCGACCCCCGCUGUCCACAACCUACAACACCUGAAUCACCACGCUGCUUCCCAGGCAGCAGUGACCCACGUUGUCCACAACCAACUACUCCUGCACCACCAAGAUGUUUCCCCGGAAGCACAGAUCCUCGCUGUCCUAAACCUACCACUCCUGAACCACCACGAUGCUUCCCAGGUAGCAGCGACCCGCGCUGUCCACAACCUACAACACCUGAACCACCACGCUGCUUCCCAGGCAGUAGUGACCCACGUUGUCCUCAACCUACUACACCUGCACCGCCAAGAUGUUUCCCAGGAAGCAUAGAUCCUCGCUGUCCCAAACCUACUACUCCUGAACCACCACGUUGCUUCCCAGGUAGCAGUGACCCACGCUGUCCCAAACCUACUACUCCUGCACCACCAAGAUGCUUCCCAGGCAGCAGCGACCCACGCUGUCCCAAACCUACCACUUCUGCACCACCAAGAUGUUACCCAGGCAGUAGUGACCCACGUUGUCCACAACCUACUACUCCUGCACCACCAAGAUGUUUCCCAGGCAGCAACGAUCCACGCUGUCCCAAACCUACUACGCCUGCACCACCAAGGUGUUAUCCAGGAAGCGACGAUCCACGUUGUCCAAAACCAACUACACAAAAACCAGUGUGUUACCCAGGGUCUCCCGAUCCCAAAUGUCCACAACCACCUAGGCCAUCAACGUUGACACCAGCUACAUAUCUUCCACCCACAACAGCAGAACAACCAAAGUGUUACCCAGGAAGUAAUGAUCCACGUUGUCCUCAACCUACCACGCCCGAACCACCAAGAUGUUUCCCAGGUAGCACAGAUCCUCGCUGUCCUAAACCUACCACUCCUGAAUCACCACGUUGUUGCUUCCCAGGCAGUAGUGAUCCACGCUGUCCCAAACCUACGACUCCUGAACCUCCACGAUGCUUCUCAGGCAGCAGCGAUCCACGCUGUCCCAAACCUACUACGCCUGCACCACCAAGGUGUUAUCCAGGAAGCGACGAUCCACGUUGUCCAAAACCAACUACACAAAAACCAGUGUGUUACCCAGGAUCUCCCGAUCCCAAAUGUCCACAACCACCUAGACCAUCAACGUUGACACCAGCUACAUAUCUUCCACCCACAACAGCAGAACAACCAAAGUGCUACCCAGGAAGCAAUGAUCCACGUUGUCCUCAACCUACCACGCCCGCACCACCAAGAUGUUUCCCAGGUAGCACAGAUCCUCGCUGUCCUAAACCUACCACUCCUGAAUCACCACGUUGCUUCCCAGGCAGUAGCGACCCGCGUUGUCCUAAACCUACAACACCUGAACCACCACGAUGCUUCCCAGGUAGCAGUGACCCGCGCUGUCCCAAACCUACCACACCUGAGCCACCACGAUGCUUCCCAGGUAGCAGUGACCCGCGCUGUCCCAAACCUACUACUCCUGCACCACCAAGAUGUUUCCCAGGUAGCACAGAUCCUCGUUGUCCCAAACCUACCACUCCUGCACCACCAAAGUGUUACCCAGGCAGUAGAGACCCACGUUGUCCACAACCAACUACUCCUGCACCACCACGUUGCUUCCCAGGCAGUAGCGACCCGCGCUGUCCCAAGCCUACCACUCCUGAAGCACCACGUUGCUUCCCAGGCAGUAGCGAUCCACGCUGUCCCAAACCUACGACUCCUGAACCUCCACGAUGCUUCCCAGGCAGCAGUGAUCCACGCUGUCCCAAACCUACUACGCCUGCACCACCAAGGUGUUAUCCAGGAAGCGACGAUCCACGUUGUCCAAAACCAACUACACAAAAACCAGUGUGUUACCCAGGGUCUCCCGAUCCCAAAUGUCCACAACCACCUAGGCCAUCAACGUUGACACCAGCUACAUAUCUUCCACCUACAACAGCAGAACAACCAAAGUGCUACCCAGGAAGCAAUGAUCCACGUUGUCCUCAACCUACCACGCUCGCACCACCAAGAUGUUUCCCAGGUAGCACAGAUCCUCGCUGUCCUAAACCUACCACUCCUGAAUCACCACACCCGCGCUGUCCCAAACCUACAACUCCUGAACCACCGCGAUGCUUCCCAGGCAGCAGCGACCCACGGUGUCCUAAACCUACCACUUUAACACCGACAUCAACCCCCAGUUCCUGUUAUCCUGGUUCAAAGGAUCCCAAAUGUCCUCAACCAUUUGCUCCAAGCAGUACGAAUCCACCUUUAGAAUAUUUACCUCCUGUUGGUAACGAAAUAAAAUCAUCUGUGAAAGCAAAAUUGGCGAGUAAAAAUUUCGACUACUACGAUGAUUCGCUGACUGAAUUAGGUAACUUUGAGUUUUCGCGCACACAACCGAGAACAAGAAAUGUAAGAGAUGUUAAUGGAAUGACCGAUGAUGCAUACGAAACCCCGACCAAUGGGGCCGGUUAUUUAUAUGUAGCCUUAGUUGGCUCCGCCGUAUUUAUAGUUAUGUCCAUAGCAUUUACAGUUUUUAUGUUCAAACGUUUACGCGCUCAGAAUCACCGUAGCCCCACUUGUACAAAAAACAUGAGCCCUUGUUAAGAAAUCUAUAUAAUAUUAAUGAAUUGUGAUAUUUCCUUAAUGAUGUUUGCUUAUUUUUAUGAGUUAUUAAUAAUUUUAGAAUGGCAUAAGUGAAAUGUGAUAUAUAAAUUGAUGUUUUUCUGUCACUGCCCUUUCAGCUUUAUAUUAUUUUCGGAACACUUAUUUUUAACAGAAAUUGAAAUAAAAUAGUGCCAUAAACUGUUUUAACCUGUAUACCAUCAUAGAAUCACUGUAAUAUUAUAAACUCACACUUGUUAUAGACUUUCCCUAGUCAAUGUGUUCUGAAAAUAAAUAUAUUUUUAUAUGGAGUUAUUAUGUAUGUACGUGAUAGACAAUAUACAAGUAUUUGUAAAUAUUGCCAAUAUAUUUGUGGCCAUUUCUAUUGUGUAGAUAGAUUUAUUGCAUUAUUUCUGAAUGACUUUCGUUCUUUGUUGUUUGAAAAAAAGUGAAUUUACAAAA